GCUCGCCUCCUCCACGCCGCCUGUUCUUUGUUACAGGCAGGAGCCUCCAGCUGCCGUGCGCGCUGUGGAGGGGGCGAGGCGGGUCCGAAGCAAAACCCGGCGGAGCCGCUCCCGGAUCCCCGGCCUGGCCCAGGCAGUCGGCCACCUCCCCAUGCGACGCGGAGCGGACGGGUUUGCCUGUUGCCAGCGCCGUCCCGGGCUGCUAAGGCUCCCUCCCGCCCCUGCUCUCCGCCCUCGACCCGCACCAGGCCUGGGAGGGGCUGCCUGUGCGCGAGAGCGAGCAUGGGAGCUGGCUGUGCAUUUCUGGAUCAGACCAAGGCAUUGUAGUCCAGUAUUGUGUUUGCAGCAAUGACUAACCAGAUGCCUCUGAACAGCUCACAAGCAGUGUGAAAAGGUUCUCCUCACUGUCAGUCACCCCAGAGCUCAUGAGCUUCACCUCAAAGAGGAAGAAGGAAUUUCCUACAUUUGAUUUCAGAAAUGGCAGAAGAUAGCAGUGAGGAGACCAUGUUUAUUUGGUGUGAGGACUGUAGUCAGUAUCAUGAUUCAGAAUGUCCAGAGCUGGGUCCGGUGGUGACAGUUAAAGAUUCCUUUGUGUUAAGUAGGGCAAGAUCAUCCCUUCCCUCCAACUUGGAGAUCAGACAACUCGAAGAUGGAAUUGAAGGCAUCUUUGCAGUAACACAGCUGGUCAAGCGUACACAGUUUGGCCCCUUUGAAUCCAAGAGAGUUGCCAAACUGGAAAAGGAAUCAGCAUUUCUCUUGAAGGUUUUCCAGAAGGAUGGGCCUCCGGUGUAUUUUGAUACCUCUAAUGAAGAUGAUUGCAAUUGGAUGAUGAUGGUGAGGCCAGCCAGCCAAUAUGAACACCAAAACCUGACUGCUUUCCAACAUGAUAAUGAAAUUUACUUCACCACUUCCCGGGACAUCCCACCAGGAACUGAACUAAGAGUGUGGUAUGCAGCUUUCUACGCCAAAAAAAUGGAAAAGCCGGUUCUAAAGCAGGUUACUAGUAUUGCCAAUGAUGUGUGUUUGGUUGUGAUGGAAUGUGAUCAAGAAGGAAACAAAAUUACUUCAAAGCCUCUUCAGACCAGCAACUUUUCUCACAAGAAAAUCAAGAAAUCCCGAUUUCCUGAAGCUGACCUUGCAGGGAACGCUCUAGAAAGUAGCAGCCCUCUUGAAGCAGAAUCCAGCCAAUGGACAUGUAAAGUAUGCUCGCUAUCUUUCCAAGAACCUCAGUUGCUGACAGAACAUCUGCUGAGUCACUUGGAGCAAGCCAAAGGAGCUCCACAGAGCAACCAAAGUGACACACUCUCAGAGAAGGCUGUGGAGGCGCCUCCUGACGAUCAGCCGAUAAUCUGCGAAAGUGCCAACACGAAUGCGGAUGUGAAGAGAAAAGCACGAAGAGGCAGGAAGCCAAAAAUGGUGAAAGCAGAUACUCCUCUUGUGAUUGUGGAUGAUAAAGACCCUUCUGUGGAGCAUGUUGCUGAAAUAAUAACUGAGAUCCCACCUGAUGAGGUAGCCCUUCCUUCUGCUGCAGAAGAAAGGAUCAUGGAGCUGGUUUUAGGGAAGCUGCCUAGUACUACAAACAGCAUGACUUCUCUAACAAAAUUUCCUCAUCAUCCAAACUCUCUGUCCCUCAAAAGAAGCUUAAUCCUUUCCAGUAGGCAUGGGAUACGGCGCAAGCUGAUCAAGCAACUUGGGGAACACAAGCGGGUAUAUCAGUGUAACAUCUGCAGUAAGAUGUUCCAAAACAGCAGCAACCUCAGCAGGCACAUCCGCUCUCAUGGUGACAAGUUGUUUAAAUGUGAGGAAUGUGCCAAACUUUUCAGUCGCAAAGAAAGCCUGAAGCAGCAUGUUUCAUACAAACACAGUCGGAAUGAGGUUGACAAUGAGUACAGGUACAGGUGUGCUACAUGCGAAAAAGCUUUUCGGAUAGAGAGUGCACUAGAAUUUCACAACUGUAGGACAGAUGACAAGACAUUUCAAUGUGAGAUGUGUUUCAGAUUCUUUUCUACAAAUAGUAACCUCUCAAAACACAAAAAGAAACACGGAGACAAGAAAUUUGCCUGUGAAAUCUGCAACAAGUUGUUCUACCGGAAGGAUGUCAUGUUGGAUCACCAGAGGCGACACCUGGAAGGAGUAAGGCGUGUUAAAAGAGAGGACUUUGAGCACAGCGCAGAGAAUAUGGUCCGCUACAAAAAGGAACCAUCUGGGUGCCCUGUGUGUGGAAAGAUAUUUUCAUGUCGGAGCAAUAUGAAUAAGCACCUCCUGACCCAUGGAGAUAAGAAAUACACCUGUGAGAUCUGUGGACGUAAAUUCUUCAGAGUAGAUGUCCUGAGAGAUCAUAUUCAUGUUCAUUUUAAGGAUAUAGCAAUAAUGGAUGACCAUCAGAGGGAAGAGUUCAUUGGCAAAAUUGGAAUAUCCUCAGAGGAAAACGAUGACAACUCUGAUGGAAGUGUGGAUUCUGAGCCUCACAAGUAUAGCUGCAAAAGGUGCCAGUUGACAUUUGGCCGAGGAAAAGAAUAUUUGAAACACAUCAUGGAAGUUCACAAAGAAAAGGGCUAUGGCUGUAGCAUCUGCAAUAGACGUUUUGCCUUGAAGGCAACUUACCAUGCACACAUGGUCAUUCAUCGGGAAAAUUUGCCAGACCCCAAUGUGCAGAAAUAUAUCCAUCCAUGUGAAAUCUGUGGAAGGAUUUUUAACAGCAUAGGGAAUUUAGAACGGCAUAAACUUAUUCAUACAGGAGUAAAAAGCCAUGCAUGUGAGCAAUGUGGUAAGUCAUUUGCAAGGAAGGAUAUGUUAAAAGAACACAUGAGGGUCCAUGACAAUAUCCGAGAAUACCUGUGUGCAGAAUGUGGUAAAGGCAUGAAAACAAAACAUGCAUUGCGCCACCAUAUGAAGCUUCAUAAAGGAAUAAAGGAGUAUGAAUGCACGGAAUGCCAUCGGAAAUUUGCACAGAAAGUCAACAUGCUUAAGCACUACAAAAGGCAUACAGCAGGAAUCAAGGAUUUCAUGUGCGAGCUCUGCGGGAAGACAUUUAGCGAGAGGAACACCAUGGAGACACACAAACUAAUUCACACAGUGGGAAAGCAGUGGACAUGCUCAGUGUGUGAUAAAAAGUAUGUCACGGAUUACAUGCUUCAGAAGCACAUUCAGCUGACUCAUGAUAAGGUAGAAGCUCAGAGUUGCCAACUCUGUGGGACGAAGGUUUCUACCAGAGCUUCAAUGAGUCGUCACAUGAGGCGAAAACACCCAGAGGUGCUUUCGGUUCGGAUUGAUGACUUAGAACAGCUCCCAAAGACCACUACUGUUGAUGCUUCUUCUAUAGGGAUUGUGCAGGCAGACCUAGCUUUGGAACAGGGAGAGUUGCCAGAGGGCAAGCAUAUGAAGGCUCAUAAACGUGGCCAUAAACGAAAGCAUAAGGCUGGUGAAGAGGAGGAAACCCAAGUGCCUGAGGAUUCUGCCUUCAGUGAAUAUACAGAAAAGGAAGUGGAAUUCACAGGGAAUGUGGGGGAUGAGACCAAUUCAGCUGUCCAAAGCAUUCAGCAGGUGGUGGUAACCCUUGGCGAUCCAAAUGUCACAGCCCCUUCUAGCUCUGUUGGCCUGAGCAAUAUUAGUGUCACUCCUAUUACUACAGCAGCUGGAACUCAAUUUACAAACCUGCAACCUGUGGCCGUUGGCCACCUUGCCGCUCCUGAACGCCAGUUACAACUAGACAAUUCCAUCCUCACAGUGACAUUUGACACAGUCACCGGUUCUGCCAUGCUGCAUGGUAACCGCCAAAACGAUAUCCAAAUACAGUCUCAGCCUGAGGCAACAAACCCUCAGUCAGUGGCCCAUUUUAUAAACCUGACGACUCUGGUGAACUCCAUCGCUCCAUUAGGGAGCCAAAUCUCCGAACAGCAUCCCUUGACAUGGAGGGCAGUGCCUCAAAGUGAUGUCCUGCAGACUCAGGCCCAGCCAACGCAACCACAGACAGGGCAGCAGCAGGUUCAAGCAGAACAGCAGCAGCAGCAAAUGUACAGCUACUAACUUGUACUUCAAAGAAGACUCCACUGUGGAUGGGCUUUUGUGAGCCCAUAGGACACUUAACAGAAUCAGUUGCUGGAUACCAAACAGGAGGAACAAAGAGCUUAUAGAAUGACUUGUAAGCUGAUAUUGGUCCAGCAGCUUGAAAUACAGUGGCCUUGAGAGCCUCAUACUCUAUAGAUACCACACUUUCCCAAACAAAGUAUGGGGUAGUACUAGUCCAUAAUGGUUGGUUGGGAGUAAUUAUGAGUCAUAUGCCUCACAAGAGAGAUGUGUUCUGCUUGACCAGUGUUGGGGAAACAUUAAACAGGAAAUAAAUACAACUACAUUGCUGAAAAAAUGUAGAACAAGGAGGUUUAUGUAUAGAUGUCACAGUAAGCCAGGAUUCAGUAGCCUGGCAGCAAGAUGCAAGAGCAUAAUUGAGCUAAAGAAAUGUCUUGCUUUCUCUUCCUUAGCCCAGUCCUGUAUGUAAUAGAACAUAUGGAAAAAUAAGUGGGUGGCAGUAGGGUGGGGAUAGUCUGUGAUGUGAAAUGUACCUCGUUUCAUGAAUCAUUUCCAUUAUCAUGAUGGAGAAACCCCUCUACCACUAAGGCUGCUUAGGGGUGUCGCCUCAAACAAGUAGCCAGUCUGUUGUUAGAGCAACAUUUAUGGUCUCCUAGGAAAAGUAAAAUUUUAAUUACUUGAAUCAAGCUUGUUGUAUGCUAAAGCCCUGAAGCGAUAAUAGAAUUAUUUACAGAACUGCUCUUUAAUUAAAUAUUGCAUUUAGCAAAGAAGCUUGAAGAGCAGUUUUCCCCAUUGAAAUUGAGUUUGCCCAUUGGCUGUGAAAUCAUCAGUCUUCUAUCAUGUGAUAAACAUCUGGGGAGGGGGGAGUCAUUUUUCCAUAAUACCUUUUGUGCUUCUCUCGAUGUUCUUGGUGGAUUUUUGCAAAUUAAGGGAAGUUUUCUAACUUGACUUCAUGUAUCUUUUCAUUCUUUUAUCUAUAAUAACUGAUACAUGGAUUCUGCUCAGAAAAAUGUAGCUCACAUACUGCCUGGGUGCAAGCAGUUGUGUCACAUCGAUUGUAGGUUUUGUUGACCACGAGGAGGCAGUCUUAACUAGUGCUAACGAAAAAUGCUUCUGUUGAGCACAAAAGGAAAAGGAAAACUAUAGAACUCUUGUGUCACCUUUCCAGACUGAAGUGGACAUAUCUGCACCCUAAUACAGUAAAGCUGCCAUUUAUAUUAAGUCCAAAUUCAGUCUAUACCUUCUAUAAAAUGACAGAGAUUGUGUCUUCAGAAAAUGCAGACAAAUAAGCCCAGCAUUUCCUAAAGGAAAAUGAAUAAAAGUUUCUCUUGCCUCUGCA